AUGUCAUCAAAAAGUACUCCAAAAAAAUUCUAUUCUUCAACAAAGACAACCUUUGAACUUUCCUCCUGUUGGCUUUGUGGUAAUGUUGUAGAUGCUUACUACUGCAAGAAUAUUUUUAAACCGGAAAAUCGAGACAGUUUAAACGUAGCUGACGCUCUAUUAGGGAGCACAAUUGUUCAGCAUGAGCAAUUACCUGUGCUUAUGUGUCGACCGUGUGAAAGGCGAUUGAAAAAUUUCCAGAGCUUCAAAGUAGUCGUAACCAAUACACAAAAAUCAUACCAUGUUACGUUGAGGACAAAAAGAUGUAAAGAUGUGUCUCCUUCAACAUUAAGACCACCGCCGAAGACGUGCAAUACUACUGAUACUCGUCAUGGAACAACUACAGCGAGAAGCCUUGUUUUUGACAGCUUGCAAUCUUCCGAGGGUGCGAUUCCUCACAGGUUCGUAAACAUUGGACUUAAUAUAUUGUUUUAUUGUACAGUUUAUGUACUUUGUCUGAUUAUUGUAUUACCGUAUUAAAAAUAUUUUGUCGUUUCUACUUUCUAUAAUAGUGUCGAAGAUGAAGGGACAAAUAUCCAGCCUAACGCCAACAAAGUACAAUUUGAUCAAGUGUGUUUCAACACCGAGGUAAAUAGUCAUCCAAGGACCAAGGCAUGUAGCAGUUUAGCUUCGAAUCUGUUGUUUACAAACUAUGCAUAUUUAUCAUAGAACAUUUUCUUGUAUACAAUAUACAUUAACACACACGCCAUUCUGCUUGGCGAGAUAUAUAAAAAAUAAAGAAUGAAAUUUGGAAAUCUAUUUUAUACUCUGCAAAUACAAAAUCGGACAUUUAAAGAGACCAUUUUUAUUCUAAAUAUUAAAAAACAAUAAAAGGAAGAAAAACAUUGAUAUUUUAUUAGGUGCGGUGUUCAAAACGCAUUAGUUUUGCAAUGUUGCUAAUUAUAGUAAUUACAUGACACAUGCAAACGUAAAUUAUGAUUUCUGAUCACUAAAUCUUGUUACUAAAUAAAUGAUAUCCACCUGUUUUACAGAAACCGACUGAAGAAACGGCUGGAAACAUUAUCAAGAUACUAUGCUCCUCAGUAAAUAUAGACGAACUUGUGCAAUCAUUACUUCAAAAUCCAACUGUUUACACUGCGUUCUUCACUGCAAUACUGGAUGCCGCAAAUAAAGAAUUGAAUAAUGUAUCUCGACGAACUGAGCCGUCUGUUUUGCAAAACGGGAUAUGACGGCAUGAGUAGUGCUGGAUGGAUGGCUGAAGUCAUUGGAGAGUUGUCCUCACGAUGCCCAACAGUGUUUCAAGUCUUGUCAUCGCUUAUAGAUCUUGAGUAUAAUUACGACAAGAAAGUUGCCUCAACAUGUCUUAUCUAAAGAUUAAUAAUGUUUAGGAGAUGCCACGAAUUAAGUAGGAUACAGCGAAUUAAUACAAUUCUCUUAACAAAAGGGAACGCAAAUCACACUGUAAGUAUAUGAUUCCAUUGUAAUUUGUUAGUAUGUUCUGCCUAAAAUUCCAUUCUAUCCAAUUCGUAUUGUCUGUAAUAGUUUUCAUAUGAAUGCAAUUAAUAGUAUCAUGUGUACCCCAGCUGAAGGCCUCAUUUUUAGGCAACCGACCACACCCCCCCCCCCAUUUUGGGAAACCAUAGAAAUUUAGGCAAAUGCUUGGAAAAUCAAGAAAAUUCAACAGCCCAUUAAAAGCAUCAGCACCGUAUGCAUAGUAAAGCCGUAGCUAAACGUGAUAAUUUGGGGGAGGGGGAUAUUCAUAUAUUCCAGUUCACAUACCAUAAGAACAAUCGCUUUAAAACGAACAAAAGAAAUCCGUGGGGCAGAACACAAAUAUAUGAAUAUGCCCCCCCCCUAGCUAUGGCCCUGAGGGCUAAUAAUCAUUCUUUUUUCAAAAUCAUGCAGACUUACAAAUCAUGCAGACUAUAAUGCUGUUUUGUGACCAUCAGAAUUAUGUCAAAUAUUUCCAAAAGUCAAGGAAAUGGCAUUUCAGAGACUAUAAUUUUAAAAUUUCUCCUAUAAAACGUCCCACGCCUCCUGCGUUCAUCUAGGGCCUUCUGCCCUCAUUUUCAGCCUCCCCCCCUCCCCCCAAUCAAAAAAGAGCUUGCUACGGCACUGCUAUGUCUUGUUUAAUAAAUAUGUAGUAUUACAAUGUCAAAAUUUAAUUACAAGUUAUUAUUUUUACAAUAUAUUUACAGGUGUUUGAACGGCUUAACAAAUAUGGAUUUUGCCUAGAACCUAACAUGAAGUAUACUUUAUUUGAUGAAAUUGGUGAGCACUUCCUUGACAAAGCAAUUGAACUUGAUAAAGCUGGCCAUAAGUUCGUAUAUGUGAUCGAUAACAUUGAUUGGGAGGUCAAAGUUCAUGAUAUGAGGCAAAACAACCAGAACAAAAGUAUGCAUGCUAUCGCUACAUGCAUUGUAUUUGACCGUGUUUCAUCUGAUCACCUACCAAACUCUGGUCCUCAAACGAAGUUGGCUACAAGUAAAUUUUCUGAUGUUAUCAAGAUCACUGACAAAGAAAGAAAUGAUAUUAGAAAAUCAUUCAGAGUAAUUGUUGCAAAACUUCUAAUUGGAUUGUUCAGAUCAUUUCAUUCCUUCAAAGAUGUGAUGCCAGAACAACAAAGUGUUACAUAUUCAAAUGAAAUGAUGGAACAGUCAUGUGUAGUAACAAUGCCCAUUAUGAUGAAAGAUGAGAAAAAGUAUUCGGAGUGCGUUGACAUUUUAGACCAACUUGAGACCUGGACGCAUGAUAUUUUCUCUGCAGCAGGCCUUUGUGCUUCCAGCGAUAAGCCACCAACAUCUGUAAAUAUACCACCAAAUGCUCAUUCCAGACCUGAUCAACCUGGUUCACAUCUCCCACCAAUUCCUACAAAAGAUGAUCCAUUGGCUGGAGUCAGUAUUCCCUGUUUUGGUGAUCAGCUCACACGUGUCAGGUUUGCUGGUGUCAAAGACCUUAGAGCUGGCUGCCACAAUCCACGUGAGAGGCUUGACCAUGUUUACCCGUUUCAUAUCGUUGACUGGCACACAAAACAAAGCUUUUUGAAGGUAAAUCAGUGAUGCUGAAAUUGUUGAAGGAAAUAUUAGAAAAUAUUAUAGAAGACAAAGUACACCUAAAUUCGUUUUAAUUUUUCAGAAAUGUGCCAAACCUCAUUGUAAGGUUUGUAGUCUACAUAGUAAAUGUAUCAGGGGGGUGGUUCUUGCCACUUCUCUCAUCCUCUCCCUCCUCCAUAGUGCCACUACAGUCAGGCUAUCAGUUUGUGACAUUUUUCAUACCUCACAACAAAGUACGUACAUUACUAGUGCCAAUUGCAAAGUUGUUAAAGUUCCUGUUAAUCCAUAUUUGUGGGUCAUUAUGGUCUGCAUUUAGCAUACCAUAUUAUUGUGCCUAUAUGCCAGAUAAUUUCACUCAUCCAUAUAGUUUAACCCAUUAAGUUGCAAUGUGCCUAAAAACACUCUACUUUAUUUACUCUUUGCAAUGUCAGUGAGUUAAUAAGCCACAAUGUUCACUUUACAUAUUAACCAAUUGAGUGGCAGCACUCUCCCCCUGACUAGUAAAAUAGUCUGGUGUUAGACAGAGUAAAAUAAUAAAGUAUGGCGUAUCUGGAUGCAUUGCCACUUAAAGGGUUAAUAAGCCUAGAUGUGUCAUUGCUUGUACAUGGGUUAGUAAGGUAUAUACAACAAAUAUUUAUUUUCAAUUUUCAAGCUUGUAUUUAAAAGAUUGUACAGUAACUCUGGUCGAGAACAAGGAACCCUCAGGUAUUUUCGAGAGAAAUUAAUGCGAAGAAAUGUUACGCAGGACGUGAAACAUUUUGAGGACUCUGAGCAGUUCUUCUUUAGCAUUGGAAAAUGCUUUGUCAUUGAAGCCUUGAUGGAGUUCUUUGGUAUGUCCGAUGAAGGCGGAAAUACCACAAAAAACAGUCCAAACUAUGCUUAUCUGACAACUGCAUCACAGCGGGAGCAAUUCUUGACAACAAAACUCGAUGCAUUCCUUGAUCAGUAUGUAUUUGUCAAUCAAAUGGAUACAGCACAAGAUGUUGAAGAUGAAGAUGAUCCUGAUUAUAUAUUAAAUUAUUCAAUAAACCUAAUAAUUAACUUUCUUAUACUGGCUAGUUACAAGGAUGCAGUCAAGUCAGGAAAUGGCAGCUUUAUUGCAACACUGCACAAAGAACUGCUUCUUCACUUCCACUCUCAUUCAAGCUUCAAUGUCUAUGCAAUAGAGAUGAUGAUCAGUAUAGUUCAAAAUGAAAUACUACUGAGUCCAGCACAAGCUCACCAUUGCCAAUGGGCAUCUACUGCCAACUGGAAGGGAGGUAAAGAUCACAACAUAGAGAUUGAUCUUCUUCAAGAGAAUCGAAACAAGGAUCUCAAAGAUUUUAUUAAAUCCAUGGGUGCCAACAAAACGGAUAAAGCCAUAAAGAGAGUAAGCAAAGCAGCUGGAGGAAUAAAGAAGAUUGUUGAAACUUUUGACAGCGAAGUGUCUCGUCAACAGCCUUCAUCGCUCCAUAGCAGCAGAUCUUCAGUACAAGAUGAAAGGAUCGUUUUAAAUGAUCUAAGGCAAUUGCGACCUUUCAGAGAGAUAGAAGGUAGGUCACAUCCAAGUUUUCCAUCCAUAUCAGCUAAUCCUCUUCAAAGUAUUGAUCAGACAAAGCUGGAUGAAUGGCUUAAACAACAUCAAAAGAACCUCAUCAUUCACUUUCCUGAUUAUGAUGUAGGGAAAGAAUCUGAUAACAAUAAAGAUUAA